AUGUUUGUGUGGCCGCGAAUUCGAAUCGAUUGUUUGACAGACAUGUUGCCCCAACUUGUUGUUUUUCGCUCAAGCUUGCUACCCCGCGGUUGGAUGGACCGCGCACUGACGCCCUUCGUGGUGGGGGCUUCGGUGAGCACCUGGGCCUGGUGGAGAGGCUUUUUCGGAAGCCAGCUGGGAGAGACUCUUGCCCAGGCUGUGGUUUCUAGAGGAGCUGGGCUGGUGUUUCCUUCUUUGUCCACCGGGUCUGGUGAUCCUUUUGGGGCUUUGGUUCAGUUGAGUGGUGUUAUAGUGCUACUGCACCUUUGGCCUGAGCUCAACCAAUUGGGUCGCAUCGUACUGCGCUCGCUGAUCGCAUUGGGUUGGGGAUUGCUUGCACUGGUCGAGCUUGUUUCGCUGGCUAUCCAGUGGCUUGUGCGUCAGUGUUUUUGGUUGCUGGGCAAGGCCAGUGAACUUCAAGAACAGGAAGCUUUCUUUACCUUGAGUGGUAUGGCCUUGGCUGCUGGUCCACCUGUUCCCAUAGGUUCCUUCGUGCUGAUUAGCCGGCCGCCGGAAUGGGACGAGGUGAUGAUUGGGGCAUUUACGGACACUCACAGUCAUGCCAUUUGCAAGACUACCAAUGCGGACGGAGACGCAUGGAUCUGGGUUUUGAUCAGGGUGGAUGGAUUGAAUAUGAGGCUCCCUACUUUGGUGGCCCAUGGGGAGCGACGUGCGCCGGGGGGCAUAGUGGAUGGGGAUGUGAACUGGAUUUGUACACCCCCAGCUGGCAAUACUCAAUGGCGCCCUGGGGCAGCAGAGAUUCCCAAUAUUGCAGCGGAAGCCAACCUGAUUUUAGCUCAGUACAAUGCUUCGGGGAGUGGCUGGACCCAGAACAUUCCUGGAACGUCAGGAAGCUCACGGAGUUCGUCGGACGACAAGAAGAGCAAGCCGCUGCGCUGGAGAGAGCAUGGGAAGGACAAGUCGGUGUCGUAUGCAGAUCUGACCCAUGUCGAUGCCCUCAAGCUCAAGCGCAAAGGCGAUUUGUUGGCGUUUGCCAGCAAGCAUCCAGGGGCCUUGACUGCUCAUUUUCUGGCAGGUGUCUACAGUCGCCUCAGCAAGGGUUCAUUGACCAGGACAGGGCAACUUCGGGAUGUGAGUGUGACUUCAUGGGCCCACCAAUUCUCGGGCCUGACAGAAGUCCGAGACCUCAAGGAGGUUGUCACCCUGGCCGAGAUCCUGGACUCAGUGAAUCGCAAGGAGAUCUCUCGAGCCUUGGAUAUCAUUUGCCAGCGAAUCAUCGCCAUCCAAUCGGCGAAGCAGAAGGGAGGCUCUUGGGAAAAAGCGGAGGCCUGGUUCAGACGGGGUGGACGAUUGGGUUCUCAGAUGCCUUUUGAUGUUUACUACCUCCAGAUGGCGGGGGCAUUGAGUGAUGCCCUCAAGGGUGGUUGUGAUCCGCUUGGUUUCUGUGAUCUUUUUCGUAGCAUGCUGUGGAACAAGGGCCGUAGCAAGUGCAUGAAUGAAUUCAACAAGCUGCAGCCAUCAGAUGGUCGGGUGAAAGGUUUCUCUCCCUCCAAUGUUUUUCCUUUGCCGCCGUUGCCAGCUGGGUACACUUUGAAGGGUUCAGUUGGUGGUGACCGAGGGGAGGCCAUUCGGAGUGGUGGUGACUUAGUUCUUCUGGCCUUGAACUGGCUGCAUGGGGGCCGUGGCGAUCUUAUUCCGAACAUUGUCACGGCUGCUCACCAACGUGUUUUUUCCAGGGUGGAGGAGACAUUGAAGGCUCUGGUGAUGACAGAUGAGCCUACGAUGGGGCCGCAGGGGCUCGAUCAUUUCAUGAGACAGUCACAGCUCUACACCGGUUCAGGUGUGGUGCUUGCCCUGGGUGUGAAGGGUGGGGUGCCAGACAAGGCAGCUGAUGUGGAUUUGGCUGGUCACCUUGAGGAGCACUUCCCUUGGAUGGCUAAGCAGGUGCUCAAUCCUUCGUGCCUGCUUCUGCCGCCAAAGCAAAGGCCCAAGCGUGUCAAGAGAGGAUUCACUUGGACUGCGCCCUCAUACCCGGAGCUGGUUAAGAAGAACGUCAAGGGGGGAAAGAGGCUAAUGUAUCCCGCUGCUCAAUCAGCUCCCAUGGGCUUCGGUCCUUCAGCUGGUUGGGCCCAGGGGCUCACUGACGUUGUUGCCAAAGAUGCUGACUUACCUGAGCACUGCCGUUUGCAUCCAGACAUGAUCAUUCCUGCGGAACUACCUAUCUGGGGGUCGAUCAUAGAUGACAUUUGGGGCAUGGACCAUCUACAUGACCAAUCUGCCACAGGCAUGGGCCCGGAGUGGCUUAGCCGAGCAGAGGAUGCAUGGUGCCUCAGGGGAGUUGAGCCAAACAGUAAGAAGACGGUGAACUUGGGCUUAGGUCAAGAGGUGCAGGGCUACUAUGUUCAUCCCACUGAUCAUUGGGUGGGGCUGGCCAUGGAGAAGCGUCGAGCAUUGUAUCAGGCUUCCAUGACAGCGCUCAUGCGACCAAAGAUUGUGGUCGAUUUUUCAAGCAGUUUAUCCUUGGUUGACGGCUAUUCGAUGCGAGAGGCGAGCAUGGGUGAGUUGGCCAGCGGAAGUGGUCAUGAGGUAUGGUAUCCAUGGCUACCUAGCAAAGACAAUCCUGCAGACGAACCAUCUCGGCGCUUCGAGCCAGUGGGGCCGGAGCCCACCGCGUGCAAGGAGGAUGCUUUCUUACUGGGGUCCUUGCGAGAUGCGACUCUGAAAAAGUACGCAUUGGCACUCGAGCGCCUCAACAAUGAACUGCGGCGCCAUGACAGGCAUUGGGCUAACAUGUCAGAAGAGGAGCAGGACCUUUUUCUAGCUGAGUGGCUGGUUGAUGGGUGCGAAUCCGGGGCAUCAAAGACUGAGUAUGGCUGGGCCCUUUCAGCUGUCCAAAAGCUUUUCCCACGGAUGCGCGUGCGAACUGCGUGGAAAGUGUUUGAUGCCUGGUCACAAUUUGCCCCAGUCCGGCAGGCGCCGGCGGCACCUCCUGAGUUUCUUCAUGCACUUGUGAGCAUUGCAAUGUUGCUGAAUCGUUUACCGCUUGCAGCUUUAAUUGUGGUGUGUUAUGCUGGGCUACUACGGGUACGUGAGGCUUUGCAACUCACGUAUGCUGAUCUAAUUUUGGGGGUUGAUGAGAUAGUUCUGUGCCUCGGGCAUACCAAGAGGGGCACUGAGCAGAAGGUCCUGCUUCGCAACUCUACAGUGGUCCAAUUCCUGUUGCAGUACAUCUCUUAUAGUCGGAAGCAUGAUUCAGACCUGGUCUUCAACAUAGGCUACUCUACGGCUCUCAGGUGGGUUAAACGUCUUUCAUGGCUCCUGGGAGGAGACGAGUGUGUGGUUACCACACACACUUUUCGCCGGUCCGGAGCUUCUGAACUGGCACGCCAAGGCACUCCCAUGGCUGACAUCCUAGUCUAUGGCAGGUGGCAAUCUGAUCGUGCGGCUCGUGAGUAUGUCAGGCAAGGGGAAGUCGCAAUUCAUAGAGCCAGACAGGCCAUGAAUGCUGAUCUGAGGCGGCGUGUUCGCAACUGGGCUUCACUG